AUGUAUUCGCUCACAACAGCUGCGGCAUCGAAGGACGCGAUGGACUCUGGGCGUGGAGAAUUCUUGGCUCCAACGCUGGCCAGCCUGCGCGCCCAUGAGGUGCAUCAUUCCCCUCCGAAGCCCGUGCACGACCAGGAUCGUUUGGAGUCGUCUUCGACUGACAUGCCGGAAGAGUCGGCGAUCUUUCCGGCCGAGCCACCAGAAGCCUCGGAGCCCGCGAACUUCACGAUGUGGGAAUCCGAGCAAGUCAGCUUGCCUGCUUCGAAGGAAGAGGCAAAGGCUCCAACGAAGUCGUCAUCGCAGCGUGAAGUUGUGACCUCCGUUGAUGAAUGGUUCAAUUUGGGGGAGAUUUUCGGCUGCUUUAUGGCCAGAGACAAGUGCUGA